UUAUUAAUGCUUUGUUUACGUAUGGUUGGUUGAACUUUUAAUCAGAUUUAGUACCGUUAAGUUAAAAUAGAAGUGGCCGACGAUGUUUGUGUUGGUAAACCUACUUUUGGUCCAAUUUAUUUAUGAAUCAAAUUGCGUUACACCCGUGACGUUGAGCCAAAGAGAAAGGAUAAGUAUAUUGAGGGACGAACUUAAAAAGGAGAUACGUAACGUAGCCGGCGCCGCGGAUGACGACACCACUGAUGAAGAAGAAGAUUAUUUGGAAUCCCAAAAGAUGCCAAUAACACCGAUAAUGGAAGAAGACAAGAGUGAAGAUAAAUAUAAUAUACCUCCCGACCUAACCUCAAUGACAAUGUCAACGUCAAAAUUAGCGCCAAAGUCAAGAGUACCGUCAAAGUACAUGUCAAAAUCAAUUACCGAUUUGACAGCUACGUCAGCAUCAAAACCGGUAAUAAGUGACGUCAAAAUUGACAAUAGGCCAGAAACUAAAAAGAAAGAGAGAAUAGAAAUCGACAAUAGGAACUCAAGCCUGCGCUCGAAAAACCGAACUGUGAUCGAACAUAAAAAGUUCCACGUCCGGAAACCGAUAGAAAUAUUUUAUAGACGUUUCUCUUACCAGGAGCUCACAGAUAAUCCGUCAGAAUGGGUGCACUGUCAAGACAUGAUCACACCGUACUUGACUGGGACUAAGACAGACAUAACACAUCCAAAGAGGUUGGCCGCCAAUGAUCCGAUAGUAAUGAGAUUUAUGCAGUUGUUGAAAGUGGACACAACUAAUUACGGCCGAGAUGACAUAUAUUCAAUAUUAUAUCAAAUAAACAACUUACAACUCCGACUGUUCCAAUGGGAUCUCACGCCGCUGAACAUGCUGUUGGACGCUAUCAUAAAAGAUCAGUGGCACACUUUCGGCAGACUGAAGGUUGGUAUUCGCGAAAUUUUCAAGAAUUGGCGCAUGGACAUAACUAACAUUACAAAUUUGCUCAAGCAAACCAGGAUAUUCAGACCCCCGUGUAUACAAAUAUCCAAAUACGACGGUUCAACGAAAGCGCCUCGGGUGACGACUUACACUAAGAGAACGGUUGUGACUCGCUGUGAGGAGGAGGACGACGACUGCUAGGAAUGUCUUUUGUAUUACAAACCAGUAUGACUAUUCUGAGUUUGAAUCACACUACAGACGGAGCGUUAAUAGUUUUUUAUUCUUAAAUCAUCUCGCAUAUUAAAGAAACGGCAGACGCUUCGUAUGUAGUAAAACUUAUACUAAGCUUACAGAUUCAUUGAAAUAAAUGGUAAUAUUGUUAACAAAUUAAGAA